AUGCCACUCGACCGCAUCACUUUUGUAACGGGUAACGCCGGGAAACUAGCUGAAGUCCAAGCCAUCCUUGGACAAUACAUCAAGAUCGAUAAUCACGGACUCGAUCUUGAAGAGAUUCAAGGCACGAUCGAGGAGGUUUCUUCGGCGAAAUGCAAGAAGGCUGCUGAGGCUCUCCAAGGGCCAGUGCUUACAGAAGAUACUUGUCUCUGUUUCAAUGCUCUAAACGGCCUUCCUGGUCCAUACAUAAAAUGGUUUAUGCAAGGCGUCGGCCACAGCGGUCUCAACAAACUUCUGGCGGGGUUUGAAGAUAAAUCCGCAGAAGCAGUCUGUACGUUCGCGUUUUCGGAAGGACCUGGCAGUGAGCCAUUGAUCUUCCAGGGGAGGACACAAGGGAAGAUUGUGUGUCCCAGAGGACCGCCGAAGUUUGGAUGGGAUCCGAUUUUUGAGUAUGAAGGACAAACGUAUGCGGAAAUGGAUAAGGAGAAGAAGAAUAGUGUUUCGCAUAGGGGUAAGGCCUUGCAGAAGUUCAAGGAGUUCUUAGAGACUUAUGAGAAGAGGGAGGAGACAUCUGCAUAA